AUGCGGCGUGUGUGCAUAAGUGUGCAUGUGGUGGCGCUGUUUGUAUGCGCGCGUGCAUGUUUCAUGCAUAGAUCGGCUAGUACAUGCGUCUCGUGGCUGGGCAGGCUGUUUCUUUUUUGGCCCGAUUGUCUUGCACCGAGGGGAAGCUGGAUCGAACCACAGUCGGGAAGUUCGAGACAAGCUGCUCAAGCGGGCAGAUCUGGCUGGCGUGCGGCUAGUGUGUCAGAUGGAGAGAGGCGAAACACAGGCGAUCGUAUGACACACUCCUCAUGUUUGUUUCAGAUGCGGGAACGGACCACUUUUAUCGCCGUAAUCCCGGUUUGGGGUGGGAGGAGAGGGGGCGAGCUUGGGCAUUUCAUUGCUGUACGCUGGGAUCUCCACGUGCGCACGCUCUUGGGCGGAAAGAUGUGUCGUUGUGUACGGAAGCGAGUGCACAAUAUGUAUCCACAUUGUUUAUCGCCGGGCCGUUGGAGGGGUUUUUUUUUUUUUUUUCCUUGGUGCUGGCGCGCCGUGGCAAGCUAG